UAAAGUAAAACUCUAAAUAAUUACAGUCCCGUGGAUAUAAAAUACAUAAGAUAACCAAACGAAAACUAAGCCUAACCUACAGAAACGCAGAGAUUUUCAGCUGCUGAGGAGAGAAACGUUGAUGAGUUCUCCCAGUCUGAGUGAUUUGAUUCGAUCAGAGAGAUCAGCGCUGGAUGACAGGAACAACCAGCAGCAUCGAGCAGGAACCAACGCCACCUGGAACAGGCAACUCCUGAAGACUGAGUUGGGCUCCUUCACAGAAUAUCUGCAGAAUCAGCUGCUGACGAAGGGAAUGGUGAUUCUGAGAGAUAAGAUGCACUUUUAUGAAGGUCAGAAGCUGCUGGAUUCUCUGGCAGAAAUGUGGGACUUCUUCUUCUGUGAUGUUCUGUCUAUGCUGCAGGCCAUCUUCUACCCCGUCCAGGGGAAGGAGCCGUCUGUCCGUCAGCUGGCUCUGCUGCAUUUCAGGAACACCAUCACUCUCAACAUAAAGCUGGACGAUGCUCUGACUCGACCGCGGGCCCGUGUGCCGGCCUCCAUCAUUCAGAUGCUGCUCAUCCUGCAGGGGGUUCACGAGUCUAAAGGUGUGAGCAGUGAUUACCUGAAGCUGGAGUGUCUGGUGCAGAAGGUGGUGUCUCCGUAUCUGGGGACUCACGGCCUGUUCUCCGGCGACGGCUCGGUGGCGCAGAGCUCGUGUGUUCUGGAGAAGCGGCUCCUGCGCCGAUGGCCGCGCUCCAAGAGCUACAACAUGCCCAUGCUGACACCGGUGGCCGAGUACGACCCCGAGAGCAGCGCCGGCGCCGGGGCCAGACGCCACUCCGUGUGUCAGAUGACCUCCUGCGCAGAAGAGCCAGACGUCUGCGAGGAUCCGUCUCCUCCCAUCGUGGACCAGAUCCUGGAGUCUCUGGACUCAGACGCCGAGGGAAUAUUCAUCGACUUCUGCCGGCAGCGUUCCAGCUCGUCUGACUUCAGCCGGGAGAGCGAGAGCGCGGCGUAACCUUUGACCUGACGACAGGCCGCUGAAGACGCACCUGCAGAGUUUGUUUCUCGAGCAUUGAGUGUUUCUUAAGAUCUGCUUGAACUGAAACGGUCCGUCAGAAGAGAUUCUGCUCAGGUCAGUCCAGCCUCGACAAACACAGCUGAUAAUGCUUGAUCUAAAACACUUAGUUCCUCAUUAUACAUGCAGUUUUAUGAGCCAUCACGCACAGCAGGACUACUUCAGUAAAAUAGGGAGGAGAAAAAAAAAAGAUGUCAACUACAAUUAUUUGGCAUUUGUAAUUUUAGUGCACUGCCCGUUCAUCCGGAUCACAGCACAUACCUGGUUAGUUCAUAGGUUAGUUAGCAGAUGGCUGAUGCACCUGAUCAGCUCAAGAAGUUAGAGCGCUGCAAACACUUUUCAUGAGAGAUUUAUUUUGUACAGCGUGUUGAAAUAUAAGUUUCACCAGCACAAGAUUCCCGUGAAGCUGGCUGUACCUUCAUCUGAGAAGAGAAACGUCUGAAUAAUAAACAGAAACUAGAAACACAAGAUUCUCUCUGAAAAGCGAACGAGACAUUCAGUUUCUCUUUUUCUUUAAAUAGUGUUUCUUUGUAACAGAACAUUUUCCCUCCAUGAACAGAAAUAUGAAUCUAUAUGAAUAAAACUUAAAACAGCAUCACAACAACAACAAAAAGUAACUGUCAGUCCCCUUUACAAAGCAGAGUUCAGAGAGUCGAAUACAUUCAUCUCCAGCAAAAAAAAACAAACAAACAGACAAAGGAAAAA